AUGGGGAAUAUCACCAGCCAAGGAGAUAACUACUUCCUGCGGCGGUUCCUGCGUGCGCGUCAGCAUGACCUCAAGCGCGCCAAGGAGAUGUACGCUGCCAGCAUGAAAUGGCGCGCUGAGUUUGGCGUGGACACCAUCCUGGACGACUUCCACUUCCAGGAGCGCGAUGCCUUCAUCUCACUCUACCCGCAGGGCUAUCACAAGACGGACAAAUUUGGGCGGCCGAUUUACAUCCAGCAUCUGGGGGCAAUAAACUACAAGAAGCUGGAGGCGGUGACGACUGAGGAGCGCAUGAUCAAGUUCCACGUGCAGGAGUACGAGCGCUGCGCUCGCGUCAUCAUGCCUGCCUGCAGCCUCGUCGCAGGCCACCACAUUGACCAGACAUUCGCCAUCAUCGAUGUCAAGGGCGUGGGCCUGAAGCACCUGACAGGGGAGGUGAAGAGGAUGCUGAGCCGGAUUAUGUCCAUAGACCAGAACAACUACCCGGAGAUGCUGGGCCACACAUGCAUCAUCAAUGCCCCCAGCAUCUUCAAGUUCGUCUGGCAGGCUAUCCGCUCCUUCAUCGACCCCAAGACCCAGGAGAAAGUUGAGGUGUGCCCAAGGGACUUUGUGCCGGCUCUGCUGAAGUGGGUUGACGCAGAGAGCCUGCCAGAGUACCUGGGAGGCACUUCAAAGGCAACUCUGCUGGAUGAUGCCGGCCCCUGGCAGGACCCCAAAAUCCUGGCUCAGGUGACAUGCCCUGCCAUGCUCAGCGCACACUAA